AGUGAUGUUUCGACCGGGAAUCGAGCGGUGUUAGCACAUGGAAUAAAAUAUUAAAAAAAAAUAUUUAAAUAAAUUUAACUCAAAAAAAAAAUAUUAUUCGCCAAAAAAUUAAAAAAAAAAAAUAAAAUAAUUAAAAAUUAGUGCAGAAAAAAAAUUAAUAAUUAAAAAAAAAUAAAAAAAUAAUUAUUAAUAAAAAAAAUAAAUGUGCCAAAAAAAUUAAAAUAAAUCAAAAAAAAAAAAAAUUAAACGCGUCAAAAAAUAAAAAAUAAAUUUUUAUAUCAAUUCUGGCAAUAAAAGGCAGUGCUCUGGCUAAUAAUCAGUUUAAUCAAGACGGAUUACAGGGAAUUUAUUCCUUUGGAAAUAAUCAACAUCACCAUAUAUUCUCUCAGAUGAUGGCCAUGCCAAUGCCCAACUUAAACAUGCCGACGCCGCCGGCAACGAAGGGAAAGCGCCCGCUGCGCCAUCUCACGGCCACAGACAAGAUCGAGGCGAUCCAGCGGAUCCACGAUGGCGAAUCAAAGGCGUCUGUGGCCCGUGAUAUCGGAGUACCUGAGUCAACGUUGCGCGGUUGGUGCAAAAAUGAGGAAAAGUUGCGUUACAUGUCGCGUCAAUCGCAGGAAAAUGCAGAAAAAUUAAAUUCCGAUGCAAUGGCGUCGGCAAUGGGCGUGGAUUUUAUGAAUGGGCCUCCGGAGAAACGCAUGAAAUUCGAUUCGAGCUUUUUUGCAAAUGGAAAAUUGAAGUACGAUGAAUUGCAGAGACGAGCUGCUGCCGGUAUGGGUUUAGAUUUGAGCGAUAAACGCGGCGAUAUGGGCUUAACGGGACUCGGAAUGGGAGAUUAUAAUCCGUUAAGUGGUUUGAGCAGCAAAACGGGCAAAGAUAUCGGCUUGAAGGGGUUCGGGGGAGCAGAUAUGGGCAAAACGGGGGAUACCAAAGGAGAUCUUUCGAUGGCAGCAAUUAGUCCGUUGACGAGUUUAAGUCAUUUAUCGGGCAUGUCGGGAUUGGGACAAAGCCCCUUAGCGCUCAGCUUCAACGAUAUCGCGAAUAAUUUGAAUCUGCUGGCACAACUGAACAAUCCAAGCUUAGCAGCGAUGUCAGGAUUAAGCGGCGUUAAUGCAAGCGGCAGCAAUAAAAGCAGUAGUAAUCGUUCGAUGAAGCCAAAUCCUCAUAGUCCGGGUCGUCCUGAGGGCGGAGACAAAUCCCCAUCGUUAACGGUGAAAAAUCUCGCAAAAUUACAGCAAAAAUCGAGCACAGAAUUAUCCGGGAUGACAAAUUUCAUGGACAAAUACAAGAAACAGCAACAAGCAGCGCAGGGGGCGGGGCGAGAUGCCCCCGUCGACGAUGCUUUGUGGUAUUGGCUCAAGUCGCAACAAACGAUGCUCGGCUUAAAUAACCUCUAUUCGCAAUUGCCACGCCCCUCUAGUCCCCAAGACAACUCGCCGUCGCCCCAAUUUCAAAAUAACCCGUCAACGCCCAUCACGCGAAUUCCCACGCCCCCAAUUAUCAAUACGCCGCGUCAAACCCCGCCUACUUCGUCAACGCCCGAAGUCGAUUCCAAACAAACCUCGUGGUUCUGGCAAUGGUACAAAAAUUUCGGCGCCUCGUUCACGCCCACAGACACGAAACCGGGCACACCCAAUGCCAAUAACGCCGCCCAAAAGGCCUACGAGAACAUCCUGUACUCGCAACUGACCAAAAACGACAAUAUCAACAACAACUACGAAAGUCACAGUUCGACACCAAAGCCCGAAGAUCUCUCCCAACAUCCCGACACGAAUUCCCCCCAUGAAGAAACGCCCGAAUCUGAGCCUGCGAGUCCCGUAAACUCCGAGGGAGGCAACGACAGCAGCGACAAAGUCAAAGUCAAAGAGGAACUCGAUAACGUUUUGUACAACAACAACAACAAUAACGACGAAAAGAGUGACAAUGGAGAGGGCGCUGCGAGCGAUCAAGACGAAAGUGUCAAAUCUUCGAGCGAAGCGUUGGAACAUGGCGAAAAAUUCCUCAGAUGGCUCGAAACGUGCAGCGAUCCGAGCGUUACGGCGAUGCAAGUUAUGCAAUUCAGACUUUUGAUCAAUUGCUUGAAAAAUAGCGCGGAACGGAUGAGCUCGUCGUCGAUCACAGCGAAUAACGGAUCCGCGGAAGAGAAACCGCCAAAAAUCCGUAGACGAAAAUAGGAUCAACCAAAGUACGCGGAGUCGAUUUCGUCAUUAAACUCACAAAAUGAGGACUUUGAUGACGAAAUUGACACCGAAGACGACGACGAACCCGAUUACGAGGAAAUUAUCGACGAGAAUAUCGUCGAGAAUCGUCAUAGAAUUAAUUGUAGCGAAGAAGAAAAAAAGAUUGAAAAAGCAACAAGAAAUAUUAUUAUAGAAAACGGAUCAAUGUUAGAGUAAUUAUUGUAAAUUUAAUUACAAUUCCAAAAAAAUAUUUUUAUCCCUGUAUUUAAAAAAAAUGAAAAAAUUAGUUUUUACCAACUUUUCAUUUAAUUUAAUUUUUAAAUAAUUAAAUAUAAAUAAUAAUAAUAAUUCUUGCCUUCCAUAAAAUAAAUACUUGUAAUAUUUAAUUUUAAUUUUUUAUUUUUGUUUUAAUUAUAAUUAAUUAUUUUUU